UAUUUUCCUCAUCUAAAAUUCAUUCAUAGUCAUUUUGCGUAGAGUGAAAUUGGGCGUAGUAUUAGUUUAUCGAGCAUUAUUGUGUCUGGUUUUAUUUUCGAGUGAAUUAACUGUUCUCUGAUUUCAUUUUUGUGUUUGACUUUAUUCUUAGAUAUGGCAGUUCUUGCAGCUGCACAGUUAUUAGACGAGUUGAUGGGGCGAAAUAGGAAUGUAGCUCCAAGUGAAAAGACUAAAGAACUGAAUUGGGAAGACCCUGAAUACUGCAAAUUCUACAUGGUUAAGUUCUGCCCUCACGACCUGUUCGUGAACACCCGUGCCGACCUGGGAGUCUGUUCCAAGGUUCAUGACGACGAAGUGAAGGCUCUUUUUGAGAAGUCAACAUCUUACAAGAAACAGGCGUACGAGGAUGAAUUCAUACGGUUCUCACAAGGCAUGCUGAAUGAAGUGGAGCGGAAAAUCGUUAAAGGCAAGCAGAGGUUGGCUCUAAUUGGGAAUAAAUCUGAACCUCCUUCGUCGCUGUCACCACAGCAAACUCAGCGUAACCAGGAGCAGAUUGCACUGUUGUCUACAAAGAUUAACAGUCUGGUGAGUGAAGCAGAGGCUGCAGGGAUUGAAGGCAAUGUGGAGCAGGCUCAGGGGCUCAUGAAGCUCUGUGACCAGCUGAAGGAGGAGAGAGAGCAGUUGCGGAAACAGAACGACAACAGCCACUGGUCACAGACAGCGGAGAUAGCCGCAGCCCAGGAAAAGCAGAUGGAGGUUUGCGAGGUGUGUGGGGCAUUUCUCAUCGUAGGUGAUGCGCAGUCUCGAAUAGAUGACCACCUGAUGGGCAAGCAGCAUGUGGGCUAUGCCAGACUACGGAUGGCUUUGGAGGAGAUCAUGAACGAACGGGCAAAACAACGGGAUGAGAAAGAAAAGAAAAGGGAUGAAGAAAGACGGGAACGUCAUAGACAACGAGAGGAAGAAGAGAAGAAGAAAGAGAAGGACAGAGAAGAAAGAAGAAAAAGGAGAGAAGAAGAAGACGGUAGACGUAAGCAUAGGGAUGAGCGGGUACACGGGUCCCACCGAGACCGGGAAUGGGAUCGGGACUCAAGGAGCAGACACCGAGAAGACAGAGGAAGCUCGUCACACAGAAGCCGGUCUAGAGACCACCGAGAUAAGGCAAGACACGAGGACCGAGACAGGGACCGCAGGAGAGAAAAUGGUGACAGAGAUCGUGACCGCAGGCGACACUAACUGGACACUAGAUGGUCAGUUGCGACCUGUUCAGGUCUCUCGAGCCGUGCCGCCGCCACUCCGCCAGGUGACUUGACUACCUAGUGUCUAGUUUAGUGUAACACAGACUGUACUGUACAGGACAUUGUGCUAAUAUGUUUUGUAAUUUCAUUUCUCUUGAAAAAGUACAAAUUUAUUUUUACACAAUUGGCAAAUAAACGUUCAUAAAAGUUGAAUUAAAUAUUUUUGUUUGACCUUCUUGGUUAAUAAACAUCCGUUAACCUUUUUUGUUGUAGAUGUUUAUUUGGUUAGCGUUUUAUAAAUGUUUCUUAGAGUUUAACUAGCGUGCUUAUUUAUCAAACCGUUAUAUUUUGUGAUAUGUCUUUAAUAUUAUAAAUGUUCCAAAUUUUACAAGUAUUUCUUUUCAAUAGUGGCUACUUAUUUUAUUAAUUUUGUACUGUUUAAAAUUAAUGUUUUUCUUUGAGUUUUAAUAAGCAUGAAUUUAAGAAAAAAGGAAACAGUUUCAAAAUCUAAUCUUAUAUUUAAAUAAUUUGUUUUAUGCAAUCCUGGUUCACAUUAGGGUCUUGCCUAAAAAUGUUAUUAAUUAAUCCCCUGGAAAAUGUAGUGUAUUUGUUAGUUAUAGGUCUGUUUUUGCCUGUUAGAUAAAACAAAUUUAUAACCUGUUUUGCUCAUAGCUCAAUGAUAUUUAUCUGUAAGUAAUGCUUUAAUUGAAAUGUAGAACAAUAUCAUUGAUAACAGAUACAGUUUGAAAUAAUUUUAUCAGUUAAAUAAGUGGCAGAGAGUUUAUGACCAUAAGUUUCAUAAAAUUGGCACUGAAAAGCUGUUUUCUCUGUGAGAAAAGUAAUUUAAUUACAUUUUAUUUAUUACAGACAUAACAUUUUAUACUAAUGUAAUACAGAAUACAAAAAAUGGAAAUCUAGCCACAAUAGUUACUGAAAUAGAUCAAUGGGUCGGAUAUCAAACAAUCCUUGAGAUUUAGGAAUGCAGUCUUUUAUUUUAUUUAACUUUUACUAGCAAUACUAUAAUUGUUUAAAAUAAUAAAAUUUCUUUUCUUGGAGUACCAUUAUUUUUAACAUACAUGUAAGAUACCAGUUAAGUAGAUUCAAAAUGGACCUCCUUUUUGUUGUGUUUAUGAUAAAAUAUUUUUCUUUGAGGAUUUAUGUCAUUUGAUUCUUUUUUCAAAAAAUAAAUUUAUAAAUUCAGUGAGAUGUCCAAAAGUUACUAGAGUAGUUAUGUGUAGUGUACACACUUCUCCCACAUGUGAGCAAUUAUUGUGGCAUUUAGAUGUAAAUCAGUGCAGUUAUUGCUUUUAUCUGGGAAGAUGGUGGUUUGUUGUAAAAGCAGUUCUCUUGCUCCUUUUUUUGUCACAGCGGAUUUAAAUUAUUGGAAUCAGCACUAUCAAUUAAUUUUUGUGGUGAAAAUACAUCUGAAACUGUUGUAAACUUUGUUUUUGUUUUGAAAAUAUAUAUCAAGUAUAGUUUUGUGAUAAAAACUAUGUGUAUGAGAGGUUUCCUCAUUGAAAUUGAAAUUUUGCUUGGUGGUAAACUUUAUUCUAAAUGUCUUGUCAGGAUCCCAAUUCGUGCAUUCAAGUUUAAAGAUUGAUCAUUUAUCUUUCAUUUUAGUUACUCAUCUGGAAGCACUCGGUCCAGUGCUAAUUUGUUUUCUUUGAAAAGUAUGGAGGUAAGUAGAAUUGGUGUAUAAGUUUAGCCUCAAUUGUUUUUAUUAUGGCUGCUUUUGAUCAUGUAACCAUCUCAUUUGGAAUAGUUUUUACUAAAAAUUAACGUUACUCUUGUGACACAGAAUAUGGUCUUAUGACAAAGUUAGAGGAAAUAAAGAAUCUCAUAAAUAAACCAUGACAAUAAACGGGGAGGAAGUGAAACUGUUCUUUACAAAACCUUCUUCACCUGAUUGAAUUAAACUCACAGGGAGUUCUAUGACAAUGUAUACCAGAGUACGAUUCCAGGAACUUUUGGGUGGCCAAUCCUAUUAAUAAUAUUUGAUAAAGAUGAUUUUGAUUUGGUAAAAUUACAACUAGUAACAAUGGUAACCAGGGUUUAAGCUGUGAUCGCAUUUGCCGCAUUUUUCAAAACGAGCCAAGAAAAUGCGAAGCUGUUGGGAAAAGCUUUUGAAAAAUUGCGACGAAAGCGAGAAGCACAAAUAACAGCGAAAAGUACAUCACAAUUUGAAAAUUUUAUAGCAUUAACAAUUUUUUUCCAAUGAUACCAUAAGAUUAUAUAUUUUGAUAUCACAUUUAAUUUCAUUUAUAUAAAAUAUUUGUCACUAUUCCGCACUGCUGGACAACGAACUUUAUGGUUGGAAAAUGCCUGCCAACUCUUGGAUCAAAAAGUAUAGAUAUCCGAGUUUGAACAAUAACCAUAAAGUAACUAUUAGAGCUAAAUUUAAAUUAAAAUUUAAAGGAGUUACAUUAAAAUUUAUCUUGUUUAAUUCUACAUUUAGAGGUAUAAAGCAAAUUAUUUACAAACAAUAACCAAGUGUUGUGUCUGUAAGAAUGAAAAAUAAGGUACCAGUAAAAAUUUUCUUCAUAUAUCUAGAUGCAGAAAUAAACAAGUUAAAUUUUUAGUUUGCUCUAGUUUGUUGUAAUACGUUUAAGCUCAAUCAAAUUGGUAGUUUGUGGUUAACGUUCAAACUAGGUUAUCAAUACUUUUUGAUGCGAGAGUAGUAUCAAAUGAAGGCCAUGCUUGUUGCGAUGACAGCGGCGUUGAUGUGCCGUGGCUGACCCGGUUUUUAAUCAAACCUCUUCACAAAAAUCAUCAUUAUUAUGGUUCUAGAUAUUUUAACAACAGUAUAUUUAUUAAUAUAAAUAUUGGUUCUAGAGGCUAAAAUAGUAGAGAACUUUAGACUUUUUCGAUAAGUAGUAUUGAAAUCUCCACUGAAAACUAAUGCUAAAUAAGUGCUACAGGGCAAAAAAUUUUGCUAAAAAGUCUGAAGAGCCUGUAGCAUAUUUGCUAAGAUAAUUUUCAUCUCAGCUUAAACCCUGACGGUAACUUACUGAAAGACAAUGGGGAGGUCCACAUAAUGUAGUACAAACUGUUAAACUAAGUGGUUGGACUUCAAGCUACGCAGCGUUACGCUGGGCAGACUUACAUCCGAGGUUAGUAGACUCCUCUCCUGCCAACCUACCUGUGCGAGAUGGUAGACUUCUCCGUUCGACUAUUAUUAGGUAAUCUAAUGUUUAAGUCGUAUGUACAGCUAUUGUUCUUAAUUCUACUCUAUGCUUCUAUACUGUCUCAACAAUAAAAAUGGUUUUGUCCAA